AUGAGCAUGGACGCUGGCGGUCUCGCUCAGAUGACUUUUAACGGUUUCUCUUCCAACGGCCUUGGCGCCCCCGGCUCUGGCUUUGCUUCUAGAAACAGAGGAGCCCAUAAUCACAAGCGCCUCAGUGUUGGCCUCCCUCAGCACAUCAGCCCCAACGAGAACCACUCCGACUCAAAUCCUACUCCUCGCACUUCGCGCUCCCACCUUCUCGCCGGUCUCCGCACCGCUCCGAAGACGCAGGCCGUCCCGGCUUCCGCUCCUUACAACCAGCUCGAUUACCAGUCUCAGCUCGGUGGCAUGGACCCCAAUACAUACAACGCCUACAUGCAGAGUGUCCCUCAGUCGGCCUCUGCCGCUAGCUUUGGUGGCAACCACUACGGUGGUGGUCGUCAGCAGCAGCAGCACCAGCAAUUCCAACAGCAACAGCAACAGCAACAGCAGCAGCAGCAGCAGCAGCAGCAACAACAUCAACAACAACGUCACCAGCAGCAACAGCAACAGCACAUGUAUUCUAUGCCCGAGCAGGUCUUGGCCCCGCCUACCUUCUACGGCCAAGAGGCUGAGAUGGACCCCAGCGUGAUGGAGCAACUUCAGCUCACCAGUCUUUUCCUCGCUCAGCGCCAACAACAACUUCAACAGCAGCUCGCCGCCAUCACGGCUGCUGCCGGCACUACUCAGAUGCAGAGUCUGAACAUGAGUCAGUUCCAGCAGCCCAUGUCUUCUCAAGUCAACAACUACAGCCAACAGCGCUCUCAACAACAUUCGCCGAUUGAGGUUCCCGGUCAGCCUGGUCUAUACUUGGUGUACAACCCCAUGACCGGACAAUACCAGUACGCAGUGGACAACAACGCUCAGUCGCCCAUGUCUCCUGUCUCGCAGAACCAGAACGGGUUCUUCAACGUUGACACUCCCCAGAAGCAGCAACAGCCUGUGUUCCGUGCCGAGAUUUCACCGCCUCCUACCGAGCGUCCUACGCCAACUGGUUCGCGCUCCAUCACCCCUCCUAAGAAGACAUCUUCCCCUGCGUCAAACCUCGCUCACGUCCAGCCUCUACCUCCUCCAUCUGCCAACGCCUUCCGCCGUGGCCACAAGAAGGCAUCUUCUCUUGCAAUCAACGCCAUGACUGGAGCAUUGGAUGGCCCCAAGACCAGCAGUGUUGCUACAUUUGGCUCUGCCAGGACCGUGUUCCCACCCACUCCAAUGACUGGUACUUUCGGACCUGGUGCUGCUCGUGCUGGAGAACACCCCGUACGUCAGCCCCGCGGUCCUCCCCCGCUCGAGGAGCUCAUCGCUCUGCCCACUAGCAAGCAUGAAGGCAGCAAGAACUUUGCAACACGCCAACGUCGCCGCGCUCUCGACAAUCUUGUUCGUGCUGGUUCUUUCCGCCGUGCCGUCAGUGGAUCCCCUCGUGGUAGCCCGAUCAGUGAGCGUGAGCUCCACUUCCAAUCAGAGGAGGAUGAGCCAUGCUUCCGCAAGCAGAGUCCUAUCGGCAGCGAGCGCAAUGCUAAGAGAAGCUCAAAGGACAGCCUUGAAGGUCUCGGUGCAGGCGGUGCAGUUCAGACUCCAGGUAGUGAGAAAGGUGACGCCUUCGACAUGGGAUCUUUCGUCAAGCAACUUCCCAGUCCUAUCCAGCAAGGUCUUGGUCGCAGACACAUGAUGUUAGGUGUUCUUAGCGCAGCUGAGAAGAGAAAGAGCAUGUUCUAG